GCUGACGAGACUCUAGCUAUUCUCCUAUCUGGGUGUACUGCCGAAAACCUCAAAGAGAUAUGCCUCAUUUCUCUGUCAUACUCCAGUGAUUCAACAAACCCAGCACUCAAUCCUGCAGUCGCAGUGAAUAGCUCUUCUCCUGCAGCUGUAAUAGGUACACCAUUCGAGGUUCGCGUCGGCUACUUUGGCAUGUGUCUGAUGAGCUCCGAUCAAUGGAUCUGCUCUAAAGACUCUAGAGCUCUUGAAUCCUUUGCGAAUCGAUCUCAGAUUGGAACGGUCGAUGAUCCCUUCAAGCUGAUUGCCGCUGCUGAGAAGUUCAAAGACGAAGUCAUUUUUAAAGGGUUAUAUUUCAUUUCAAUCAUCUUUGGAUUCUGUACUUUCAUACUAUUAGCUACCUUUCCGGGGUGGCACGAAACCGACUCUGAGGGAAGUAGUGUGGAAGUCAAGCCGUUUCCGUCACUAGCAGUAUCGAAGAUUGCCUCGGCAUGUAUAUUUGUGUCAGCUGUAAUAUCCAUGCUUGCCACCUUCUGGCAGCACCUGUCGAGUUCUGCAGCGAUAGCGAUGAGUUCUGCAUUUACCCAAGGGGCGGUGACCGGCCAUGUAGGAGCUGCCGCCAUGGCGCUUGGAUGGAUCUCGGUCUUUCUUUUGAUGACCACGUUCGUUGGCAUUAUUGUAAUGAUAUUAUCGAUAAGGAUACUUUUACGACUGGUUGAAUAGAUAAAGAUGUUGGAAAUCUCGCAGUUCUACUGGACCUUUGGCUUUGGAUAUGCCUUG